AUGCCUACCGCCUCGGAGCGUAUCAACGCAUUGAACCCCUUCUCCAAGAAGGAGUCUCAUAGCGCUGGUUCCAUCACGACAUACAAAGUCCUGACCAUCUUGUCUUGGCUUCUCGCCCUGGUCGUUACCCUGUACUACGUCACCAACGAGCCUCACGAUGGCUUCACGAUUCGCAGGAGAAUAUGGGAUCAGAACUACCUGUACCGCACCGCCUUCACUCUGAACGCGACCAUUGUUGAUAUUUACUGGAUUGUUCUUUUCAUCCUCCAGAUCGGCUAUGUCGCCCACCUCUUCUCCAGCAACACCGACUACGUUAACGCUGCUGCCAGCGUCGGUUCUCACUUCAUCUUCCACAACCUACUCCACUUCGCCUUCGUCAUGCUAUUCGUGCGCUCCCACUUCGUCUGGGCCGAGCUCAUCUUGAUCAUCAACUUCGCCAACCUAUCUUCGCUGUACUUCCGCCACAACACAUAUCCUCGUUUCAUCCACUGGCCCGUCGUGUCUGCUCCCUUGGCAUGGACUUUUGUUGCCAUCUACUGGAACGGUGCGAUCAUGGUCCACGACCCCGACAACCUCGUUGCCCGCAUCUUCGGCAACAUCUUCAUUUGGUCCAUCCUUGUCUACGGUGGCUUCUUCAUCACCAUCUACAAGGAUUACACCAUGGGCUUCUCUCUGAGCGUUUUGUCUGCCGCCAUCGGUGUUGCUCAGUUCUACGAUAAGGUUAUUGCCUUCCAGUGGAUCUUUGCCUUCACCAUCAUGGCCGUCCUCUUCGUCUCAACCCUCGUCAUUGCCUACCCUGCUUGGUCUGGCAAGGAGUACUCCUGGCCCCGCCGCUCCGCUCCGGCCGACCAGGAGCGUGCCCCUCUUUUGGCCGACGACCAGUAG